AUGGCUACCAAGAAUGCCAUCCUCCAAAUUUUCUCCUUACUUUACAUUUUUCUACCUAUUUCAAAGCCAAAGUUCUACUACCCUGCCGUUUUCAACUUCGGUGAUUCAAACUCUGACACUGGUGAGCUUGCUGCUGGCCUUGGUUUCCAGCCUUAUGGACAGACUUACUUCAAAACUCCAUCUGGGAGGUUUUUCUGA